CAGAAUGUUUGACAGUGUCUUUAUCCUGCUGGGAUUAUCUCACUGGUUCAACAACUUCACUGCAUUAUAUGAAUUUGAUUGGUUAUAGAUUAACAAACUAGAAUUCAAAGCCUGUUUUUCCAAUUCUCUGAUAAAGUCCUUCAGAAGAGGCGAUGACUGAUGCGAGACGCUGCUUCAUGGUCCCAUAAAUCUCUACUACAGCAGCAGUUAAACUCCGCCAUGUCUGCUCGCGGCGUGUGUCAGAACAUCAUAAAUGCUCGGCAAAAGGGAGACGGUCAUGGGACCUUAAAAAACCCAGAGAACUUUUUACAGCAGAACUACCAGGAGCUGAAGGAGUACUGUCUGAUCCGAAACAUCAGAUACAUCGAUGAACACUUUCCCCCAGACAACAGCUCAAUCGGGGUGGGGAAGCUAGACCCAGCUGACCUGGCCCAAGUGGAGUGGCUGAGACCGUCGAAAAUUGUACCCAAUCCAUUCUUUGUGCUUGAUGGUGUCUCCAGGUUUGACUUUGGUCAAGGAAAAGUUGGAAACUGCUGGUUUCUAGCAUCUCUUGGAGCGCUGACGUUCCACAAAGACAUCUUCAAGAUGGUUGUUCCUCUGGACCAGACAUGCUUUGGAAAGGACUACUGUGGACUGUUUCAUUUCAGGUUCUGGAGGUUUGGGAAAUGGGUUGACGUGGUGAUUGAUGACAAGCUGCCUACAAUUAAAGGGAAAACCAUCUUUGCUAGUUCCAAAGAUGAGUGUGAGUUCUGGCCCGCCUUGCUUGAGAAGGCCUAUGCCAAGGUCUGUGGAUCCUAUGCGGACAUGAGUUGUGGGACCCCUGCAGAGGCCAUGAGGGACUUCACCGGCGGUGUCCACAUGUGUAUCCCACUGUCAGAGCCUUCUCCGGAUCUCUGGAAGCUGUUGUGCAGAGCGGCACGCUUCAACACAUGCAUGAGCUGCAGCAGCAGACCGAAAGGGGAAGCCAUUACUGGCACCACUUUUCCAAACGGACUGGUCCCAGGCCACGCCUACACUGUGACGGGUCUCAAAGAGCUGCUGAGCCAAGGAACGGUGGUUAAGCUGGUGCGUCUAUGGAACCCCUGGGGACACGGAGAGUGGUCCGGAGACUGGAGUGAUCUGUCUCCGCUGUGGCGAACUGUAAGAACAGAAGAUAGAGAAGAAUGCCUGACGGUGGAAAAUGACGGAGAGUUUUGGAUGACCAUGGAAGACUGCUGUAAGUAUUACUCCAACAUCGCCAUCUGCGGCCUGGGCCCCGACUUCCUGGAUGAAAACCCAGGUUCUCAGUGGAAGACCUCCAUGUAUGAGAACCGCUGGGUCGCAGGAACCACAGCUGGAGGCUGCAUCAACAACAAAGAGACCUUCUGUAACAAUCCCCAGUAUCGGAUCAAGGUUUAUGGAAAAAAUAAUUCCUCUAAAGCCAAAAACACUCUGGUGUCUCUCAUGCAAAAGCCUGACAAGAGGAACAGACGAAUGGUGCAAAACCAUUUCAUCGGGUUCACCAUCUUUGAGCUGUCAGAAAAGAACGCAACUCAUGUUGGAAAGUUCUCAAAGUCCUUCUUCAGCAGCCAAAAACCUGUUGCCCAAACUGAAACCUUCGUUAACGCGCGUGAAGUGAUGGAGUUCCUCACUCUGGAGCCUGGAGAAUACCUGAUCGUGCCGUCCACCUUGAAACCCAAUGAGACAGCUUCCUUCCUCCUGACCAUCUUCUCCAGAGAGGAGACGCAGUGCUAUGAAAACUCUGGACGCAGUUUUGAAAAGGUCAAGAAAGAGAAGAACGGAAAAGACGUUUACAAUAACAAAAACUUCUCCCGCCAAUACUCUGACAAGUAUGAAGACGUCGAUGCUGAGCAGCUGCAGAAGCUUCUAAAUGAGACACUUCUGAAAGGAAUCGUCCAAUCAGGAGGCUUCACCAUCGAUGCGUGUCGCAGCAUGGUCGCUCUCAUGGACACAUCAGUGACUGGGAAGCUGAACAACAGCGAGUUUGUGCAUCUAUGGACCAAAAUUCAGAAAUAUAAAGAGGUUUUCUCCAAAAUGGACGUUUCACAAACUGGAACUCUGUCUCUGGUGGAACUGAGGAAUGCUUUAAAAGCUUCAGGUAUAAGCGUCAGCGACGAAUUGCUCAACCUUAUGGCUGUGCGUUACGGCGCCUCCUCUGGACACAUGAGCUUGGAGAACUUCAUCAGCCUCAUUCUGCGCUUGAGCUGCAUGAACAAAAUAUUUGAAAAGCUCUCUGAUGGGAAAAAUGUUACGUUUUCCAACGAUGAGUGGAUGUCGCUCUCCAUGUACACCUGAAGCAGCAGCGAGGAGCUCCUCCCCAUCAGGGAAUUUUCCAGAGCAGGAUUUCUGCUUUUUGUUGACUGGGGGAGAAAAAUCUGAAGUGUUUUAGUUUUCUUUUUUUCUGGGGGCUGUUUCAGCUGUUUCUGUCUGUCUCCCUCCUCAGUGAUAAUGGCAAAGAGCUUUAUUCUAUUGAGAACUGGUUCCUGUUUUAUUUGAUCUGAAUAUGCUCUUUAUAUAUUAAUAAACUCAUAUUUGUUCUGCUGCACUUCUGACUUUUAAAAUGUUCCUUUACAGUUUUUAUCCUUCUGCCUUCCUUUUUGAGACGCUCAACCUUUCUCACUGUGGGAGAAUAAAAUGUGUAGCAUCACAGCAACAGAGCAUGGAGAGAGAAGAUGAUCCUGUGGUGCUCCUCAGUCCGAGUCACUCAGGAGGGAAGACUUGGUUUGGUGACAUGGCUGCCGACCUGAAGGAGCUCCCUCAGGAAAAACUCUAACAUUCUUUUCAUGUUGGAUCUACAGUUUAGAAUGACGAAGCUUACAAGGAGAUGUUAGCCAUUGUCCUCCCUCCUUACCUGAAGAUCAGCAGCUUCUUUUCUCUUUGAUUUAUAGCAGUUUUUUAUUCACUCUUUGUAUGAACAUAACUUUGGUAAAAUGCUGUAUUUUCUUUUCAGUUUUGUAAAAGAUUUUUUUUUAUGUACAAAGUGUUUUCAUCUGUCUAUUGUCUGUUUCUCUGUCAUUAGCAGGUCAUACUGAUCAUGUGACCACUGAUCUGCACAAACUUAGCUGCGUUCACUGAUUUAAUUUUUAGCUAAAACAAGAGCAGACGGAUCAACCUGCUGCCACGUUUUUAAUCCAGUUUCGCGUUAGUUUCUCAAAGCGAUGUCCAAACUGGGCCAAACUGGGCCAAAUGGCAGCUUCAGAAGGCUGUAAGCUCCUGUUUGCUGUAUAGAGACCACAUGGGGGCGCUAAGGAGAGCCUUUAAACUGCUGACUGAGCAGCUGAUCCCAUCAGAACAGCUCACUGUGAUGACUGGGUUCAUUCUUUUAAAACAUCUUUACUUUUUAUUUGUUUGCUUUAAGGGGACCACUAAACUAUUGUUAUGGUUAUUUUUCCUUUCAGUCGACUAGUCACAAUUUUUAUCUUUUUUCCUAUAUCAACUUUCUUUGAUUUAAAAAUGAUGCAAAGGUAACUUGUUCUAAUGUCCCUUUAUUGCCUUUUUCUUUUCCCAUAAAAUGUGAUUUUAAGUUUAAAAUUGACUUCAUUUAGGCGUAUUUUUGUAACAAUUUUUAUUUUAAUUUCUUCAGUUCAAAUAAUCCAAAUGUAUUUAAAAACAAAAUUGUUUGACCCUAAAGCCUUUGCUUAGGGAUUGCAAGGAUUUUAAAGUGGAGUGUAAAAAGUUUCUGGUCUUUAUUUUUGAUUCUCAGUGAAUCUCAGCAUAAUGAGACAGAAGAUCAGCUUUUCAAGUUUUUAUCUCUGUUUGGAAAUCUUCAUCUUUUAUUGUCAGUUUUCAACUAAGAUCCUUAAUCAUCAUCAUCAUCAUCAUCAUCAUCAUCAUCAUCAUCAUCAUCAUCAUCAUCAUCACCUCAGUCUCCUCAGACACGCAUGACAGCUUUCGCCUACAGGAGCUGACGUGAUCUAUGGCGCCAUCUUGGGGAGGUCGAAGGCUCUGCUCAGUGUGAUGUGUUGAACAGGAACAGAAUCAAUUUCAAUCAACUUUAACUCACUGAAAACUUUGAAUCAAUCUGACUGGAUGAUCUGGUUGAACUGUAAAGUGCCUGAGAUGACAUGAUUUGAAUUGGAGCUAUAGAAAUA